UGUCAAUGAGAAACUUAGUCGCAGCUGAUGACGACGGACAUCAAGCAAUUACAUAAACCAACUAAAGAGCCUCUUUCUCUAUCUCUCUUUUCUCAGCGUACAUCACUAUACACAAUCUCUGACCUAAAAUGACUUUAUCUUCUCUCUCCUUUUCCUUUGUCUUCGUCGCCUUCAUCUUCGCCACGCAUGCCUUCGACCUCAGCCUCAUCCAGAUGGAAGCCGGAAUAUGUCCGUACACGGUGGUUGUCAUGACGAGCUGCCUCUCUCCCAAGUCGACAAGGGAUCAGAUCAGUGUCGUUUUUGGGGACGCCGAGGGUAACCAGGUGCAUGCACCAAGACUAGGCGGAUCGGUAAGAGGAACAGGGAGUUUAGGGAAGUGUUCAACGGACACAUUCCAAGUUAAAGGUCAAUGUUUAAUUAACCCUGUCUGCUCUCUCUAUAUCUACCGAGAUGGACCCGACGGUUGGGUCCCGGAGUCCGUCGAGAUCUACGCAGAAGGUUCCAAGUCUGUCAAAUUCGAUUUCAGCAAGAGCGUCCCUCAAAACACUUGGUACGGCCAAAACAACUGCAACACCACAGGCCGACCACCCUCUCCCGAGCUGCCUCCACCUGAGACACCUGCGUUCCCACCGCCGUCUCCACCGCGGCCAUCUGCUGCUUCUGGCCGCGAGAGUGUUUUUCUUGCGUUUGCUAUUGUGACUGCGGCUGCGAUCGCCGCAAUGGUUCGUUAAGGUUACCUAAUGAGCAUGUUGAGUAGCCUACGACUUCUUCUGUUCUUUGUUGUUGUUUUGUUCGGCGUCUGCGUUGUAUAAAACAUAAUUAAUUACUUAGUAAGUAUUAAAUAAUAUGCAUGAGUAUUCUCUAUUUGUCUUUGAUUAUUGGGACCAGAUUUUAAUAAUACGGACGUUUUUAAGGGUUAA